UCCCGCGUUUCGAGGAGGAGGCCGGGCGGUCCCCCUCCGUGGAUGGCUCCUUAGGGCUCCUCUUCUGAGGAAAUGGCUCCCUCCGAGCCGCCUCUAGCUGACUGGUGAGCACCGAGGAUGCGCUUCUGCAGCAGCUGGCGGAGUCGAUGCUCAAAGAUGACUGUGCGUCCGAGCUGAGGGUCCACUUGGCCAACUCCCUCCCUCUGCCCUCCAAUGUGAACCGGCCCCGAAUUGACCUGAUUGUGUUUGUGAUUAACCUGCACAGCAAAUACAGUCUCCAGAAAGUGGAGGAGUUUCUGCAGCACGUGGACAGCAGCUUCUUCCUGGGGAAAGUGUGCUUCCUUGUCACAGGGGGUGGAAAGCUUUCGUGCAGCCAUGGCGCGGCGUCUGGUGCGCAUUCUGCAGAUCUGCGCUGGCCAUGUGCCAGGCGUCUCCGCGCUGAACCUGAUGUCCUUGCUGCGGAGCCCCGAGAACCCCCCAUCCAAGGAGCUGUGAGCAUUACUGCCCUCCACACGUUUGCUGCCAGUUCCAAAAGCAGCCACUGUUGGUGAAGACCAGUCAGGGCCUGACAGGCCCAGAGGCAGCCUGCUCACUGCAGGACUGAGCUCCACCAGGGAGGUCUGCUGGGCAGGAGUCGGGAGAGAGCCCAGCGAGACCCCAGCAGCCUCCCGUUUCUCGUCUCACCCCACAGAGGUCCCAUCUGCACCUGUCUAACAUCAUAAUCCACCUAAGAUUUUGGAACAAAGAGCCAUGGCUUUAAAAAAAAAAAAAGAAAGGAAGGAAGGAAAUGUGUUGUAGAUGCAGAAACUGACUCAGUACAAUUGCGGGGGCAAAGUGUGGCUUCCAGGAGCCCAGGGAAAAUGUCAGGUCCAGGCCCUGCGUUUCUUACAGCCCGGCUGUUGUAUUCUGGUGCCUGUUUUUCCUCGUGUAAGUGGAGCUGGUUCUACUCACAUUGAGAGGGCUGAAGGAAAUGGCAGGUGGCUUGCUGCCCAAGACCACAUUGCUCCCUACAACUUGUUGGUCUCUCUUGUAGAUCACACACAGUGUCAUGCCUCACACUGUAACAGCAAGCUACCAAUCACAUUAAAAAAAAAAAAAAAAAAGCAAUCCAGGCAGUGGUGGCGCACGCCUUUAAUCCCAGCACUCGGGAGGCAGAGGCAGGCGGAUUUCUGAGUUCGAGGCCAGCCUGGUCUACAGAGAGUUCCAGGACAGCCAGGGCUACACAGAGAGACCUUGUCUCGAAAAAAACAAAAACAAAACAAAACAGACUGAGCUAUUGGGUUUCUCUGUGUAGCCCUGGCUGUCCUGGAACUCAGGCUGUAGACUAAGCUGGCCUCGAACUCAGAGAUCCACCGACCAUUGCCUCUCGAGUGCUGGGAUCACAGGCAUGUGCCACCCCUGCCCCGCAGUGACUGAGCUGAUUUGUAAAGCCACUCUCACAUCAGGAAUGACAGCUGCAAGGUCGGAGUGUGAGAAGUGACAAGCUGACUGUGGCAUUGCACACUGGAUCCAAAGAGAAGGUUGUAAAAGAGCUGGGUUGGUCCUGUCAGCCCCGUCAAAGUCCCCAAUUCUUCAGAAGGUGGCUUAACACACGGGACCUGGGGGUGCUGUUGAGGGAGCAGGGGAGCCAAGUCCUGAGCUCACCGCACUCGGAUGACGCAAAGACCAUAGCUCCUUCCAGAACAUCCCAAGGCCCUGCCCUACUGUGAAGUUAGGGUCAGUCUUACCUCUCUGGGUUUGGGUUUGGUUUUGGUUUUUUCUUCAAGACAGGAUUUCUCCAUGUAGCCCUGACUCUCCUGGACCAGGCUGUCCUUGAACUCAAGAGAUCCACCUGCCUCUACCUCUUGAGUGCUAGGACUAAAGGCAUGCGCUACCACACCUAGCCUGAAGUACCUUUCUGUCUUGAAGGUAGCCCCCCCUGCAUCCCAGUUUUGUAGGUUCCCUUGAGGCCACACACGUCACCUGACACUUGCAGAGUGCUUCACGCUUCACAGGGCUGUGCUCUCGCAGUGGCAGCUCCUGUCACCCUCCCAGCAGGCCUACAGGCUUCAUGAGAGCCAAAGGUGUGCCCUUUGGGGCACAGCCUGCAUUGCCCUGAGCUCUGUGUGGUCCAAGAGAUGGAAACACAGGGGUUUAUGCCUGAGGAAGCAGCAGUCCUGUGAGCUGAAAAACCUCCCUCACUGCAGACUGCCAAGGUGCUCUGUCAGUACCACAGGUCUGACUCAGGCGACCCUGACAAGACAUUCAGUCAUUGGGGAGUGGGAGGGGGGACAGCACAGGUGGAUCCAGAAAUAGGGGGAAGGCUGCAAGCAAAUGAGAACAUGUGCACUGUCCCUAGAGAUGGACUGGAAGGCCAGCCUUCUCUUAGGGACUAACAUUGUUCCCAGACCACAGUACCCUGGGUCCUAAAGUGGGGUCGGGAGAGGCGGUGCUGCUGGAGCAACAUCUGAGCUAAAGAAAGCAUGGGGACACUGUUAUGUCACCUGCUGACAACAGGAAGCUGCUCUCCUCUUAACCCGCUCUGCUAGUGUGAUGUGCACAUCUCCGCCUCAGGUCCCUGUGCCACAUUUUCUUUGCCACCUGGUGCCAUUUAACAAGAGAAAUGGCAUCACAUUCUCCAGCGAGGGCCUGGGAGCCUUCCAGGCGCUGGGGAGCUUCAGGCUGUCGCUGCUGCCAGCUCCCUGCCAAGCUUGGCAGGGACCGUGGAACUAGAGGCACCUCUCUGGGGUUUGGGCUGGCCUGCUGCUGAUGCACAGCAGAGCUGAGUGACACUUAAAUGGCAGGCAGGUGCCCUCAGACCUUACCAAAGACAUCGGGGAGCAGUUGCUCCUGGCAGUAUGUCUGACUAAGGACUUGACACUAGUGUACCCAGGACUGGGGCCUGCUGCUGAAGUGGAGUUGUUGGGUGACUCCGACCCAACUGACCCUAGAAGCUACCAGGUGCCUGCUACCUGUGUUAGGACUAAGAUUCUCCCGAGAGAGCUUGAUUUACAUCACAGGUUCCCCGGGCUAGGCUACCUGCUAUGAGCAGUUCUUAGACCCCUACAGGAAGCCCAGCUCUCUGCAGGAGGAUGCAGAGACCCAAGAGUUCUGGCAGCUGUCCAGUGGGACUUCUUGUCCCUGCCUUAGUGAUGGCUAGCCAUUCCUAUAGAGACAAGGGAUCUGCAGGAUGGCAUAUCCAGUAAGCUCCACCUGGCUGGGUGCGGUAGCCAGCAGAUGUGAGAGGGACUAGUUUUUCAGGCCAGCCUGGGCUACAGCAUAGAACCAGUUCAUAAGACGGGGAAGGCUGAUGGGACGGUUUGUAGGCUAGAAGCAUUUGCUGUGUGAGUCUGUCUUCCACAUAAAGGUAGGAAAUAAUGCAUUGAAACUUG